AUGUCGACUACGCCAGGAGUGACUUUCCGCAAGGAUGGGAAGAAAACAUUCAUCCCGCUCGAGAAUAACCCAGAAGUCUUUAACAAGCUCAUAUAUGACCUUGGCGUCUCCGAGAAGCUGGGUUUCUACGAUGUCUACAGCGUUGACGAACCUGACUUGUUGGCCAUGAUUCCUCGCCCUGUUCACGCCCUCAUCUUCAUCACUCCCGCGCCCAUGUGGUCUCGCGUUCGCGAAAGUGACCCUGGGUCAACAGAGUUGACAUACGACGGUUCUGGCCCAAACGAGUCAGUCAUGUGGUACAGACAAACCAUCGGACAUGCUUGCGGCCUCAUCGCUCUGUUGCAUAGUGUAAGCAAUGGUACCGCCAAAGACUUCAUCAAACCAGGCUCGCUCCUUGAUAAGAUUAUCACAGAAACACGGGAUCUCAAGCCACGUGCCCGUGCAGACUUCCUCUACAAUUCUGUCGAGCUGGAGAAGGCUCAUAUGGCUGCUGCCGUAACUGGGGAUUCUGCGGCACCUUCUAGUCAGGAACCUGUUGGUUAUCACUUCAUCAGCUUUGUCGAGGGUUCGGACGGGCAUCUGUAUGAUUUGGAGGGGGGAUGGGGCGAGCCAGUUGAUCGCGGUAUUCUGAAUGAGAGUAAUGACCUUCUCAGUGAUCAGGCAUUGGAAGCUACAGUCAAGAAAUUCACCAAGGUUGCUGAUGGCAAUCUCGAGUUCAGCAUCAUCGCUCUGUCAACAGUUCCAAACGAAUAG